CUGUGCCUCUAUCUUGUACGACAUCAGACGGCAAGACACUCAAACAUUCAUUUUUGCUUUCAAACUUAUGCCCAGUUAAUCUAUUAGGAAGAGAUCUCAUGUGUAAUUUAGGUAUUUCACUGAUUUCCACUCCGGAGGGAGUGCAGGUCACAACCACAGACAAUGUAAAUAAUUUUUCUUUUGUUUGUGUUAAUUUCAGCUCAGAGCCGCUGCUCUACUCUUAUCGGUGGCUGCUGAAGGGAGAGGCUGUAACUGAGGCCCUCAUACAGGCUGCUCGACAGCUUGUUUCCUCACAGAAUACGACCUUUAGAGACGCAUCUGACCUGUCUUGUACAGCACAUGUGUCCACUGGUCCUGAUGAGGAGUUUGAAAAAUCAUGGUUACGCACACAUGCGGACAAACUGACCUCAACCUCUCUUUUUUGGGAUGAACAUAGGUCUGCGCUUGCGAUUUCUCUCACUAACGAACAAGAGAGAUUUGUUGAUGCUUAUUCUACAGAUCCACAUGUCCUUCUGUCAAAACAUGACGGAGACAGAUGGCAGGACUUGGGUCCUUUCGUGGACAGAUGUCAACGGGAAGGAGACUGGCAAACGACUUCCGACCCGAAUGUGAUGUAUUCACCUACUUUGCAUGCUUACAAAAAACUUUUUCAGUCUAACUUUCAUGCGCAGCGUACAGUGCACUUGGUACCUCAACAUUCCACACACACUCCACACCACGUGUUUUUGUCGGAGGACGCUCUGACGCAGUAUCCAGCCUUACAGGAAGUUCCAGCUUCCCUGUGGGCCACACACAAAUAUGAUCAGGAGUCAUCGUCCCAUGUGACAACUCUCCAGUGAGGACUCCACUCUUCCCAGUUAAGAAAAUCAGAGACAAAGGACAGCCAACAGAAUGGAGGUUUGUCCAGGAUCUGCAAGCAGUAAAUGCGGCGGUCCAACCACGCGCGCCUACGGCACCGCCCUGCUGCAGUACGUUGACGACUUGAUGAUCUGCAGUGAGGAUCAGGAAACUUGCACAGCAGACACGAUCAAGCUGCUGAAACACCUGCAUGCUGCUGGACACAGAGCAAGUCUGUCUAAAUUGCAGUUUGUUCAGACUGAAGUUACCUUCCUAGGUCACAUCAUCACCGCUGAAGGAAAAUCCAUUUCACCUAAAAGAGCUGAAGCUAUUCAGAACAUGCCUAAACCAUGCACAUACAAACAGCUUAUGUCCUUUUUAGGCAUGUGCUCUUAUUGCAGGAAUUUCAUUCCUAACUGCGCCGUCUUGGAGGCUCCGCUUAGAGCUCUGAUGCAGACGUCUUCUGCGUCCACCACCCGCCUCACGUGGACGUCUGAGGCUGAACAGGCGUUCACAGACCUCAAACUUGCUCUUCAGUCGGCUCCUACUUUGGGUCUGCCUGACCCUACGCGACCUUUCACCCAAACAGUGGAUGAGAAAUCAGGUUGUAUGACCUCUGUCCUUUUACAGGAUCACGGAGGGCGUCCACGCCCUGUAGCCUAUUUCUCUGCUAAGCUUGACCCAGUCGCUGCGGGGCUCCCACGAUGCCUCCGAGCAGUGGCUGCGGCAGAGAAAGCCGUGCUGGCAUCACGUGACAUUGUUGGCUAUUCUGAUGUCACCCUGCUGGUUCCUCAUGCCGUGUCUUUGAUCCUUUUGGAACAAAAAACAUCACAUCUUUCUACAGCCCGAUGGCUUAGAUACAACACCAUCUUACUGGAAAUGCCAAACAUUACUGUCAAAAGGUGCAAUGUGCUUAACCCAGCCACUUUGUUUCCAGGCCCUGACGAUGGCGAGCCUCACAACUGUGUUUCGGUCUUGAACCAGGUUUGCACUCCGCGCCCAGAUCUGUCGGAGGUGCCAAUUCCUAACUGUGACCUCGUUCUCUUUGUUGAUGGCUCCGCCUCUAGAGACCCUGCUUCGGGCCGCUGUCAGGUUGGAUAUGCAGUCUGCACCUCUCAUACUGUUUUACAGUCUGGCGCUUUACCAGGACAUUACUCUGCUCAGGCUGCGGAGUUGAUCGCACUGACCGAAGCCUGUAAAUUGGCUGAAGGGAAGUCUGUUACUAUCUACACAGACUCCAGAUACGCUUUUGGCGUCACGCAUGACUUUGGUGCUCUGUGGAAACACAGAAAGUUUUUGAAAUCUGAUGGCAAACCUAUCUUGCAUCAUGAUAAGGUUGCUGAUCUGCUCGACGCUAUUCUGUUACCAGCUGCAAUUGCUGUAUGUAAGUGUCCCGCACACACUGGGGGCACUGAUCCCAUCUCUGCUGGAAACACACGCGCUGAUGCUGCUGCGAAGACAGCUGCUCGACAUCCCCUUCCCUUUGUUCCCUGCCUCUUAUCCUCCACCUCUACCCAACCUCCCUCUCCUCCCUCUGCUCUCCCGGAUCUUCAGACAUUCUCUACCCCACAGGAACGCAAGCUCUGGCUGACGAAUGGCGCCACCAGUAGCCAUGGCGUUUGGUAUGGGCCCGACGGCAAACCUUGCCUACCUAAACACUUUUUCCCUCAUUUCGCGAAGUUGACACAUGGAUUAGACCAUGUAUCAAAGGGGGGAAUGUUAGAUGCUCUUACAAAACAUUGGUACACUAAGGGAUUUUCAAUCUAUGCGCAAAAAUACUGUGAAGCGUGUAUGACAUGCGCCCAACACAACCCAGGUAAGACGACUGCCAAACCACUGGCAGCUCACCCACCACCGGAACAGGCGUUUGACCAUUUAAUGCUGGACUUCAUCGAACUAACGCCGGCAGAAGGUAAAAAGUAUUGUUUAGUGAUUGUUGAUAUGUGGUCAAAAUGGGUGGAGGCCUUCCCAGCUAAACAUGCUAACAGCCAUGCAGUUACCAAAGCCUUGCUGACAGAAAUAAUUCCCAGAUGGGGGAUUCCAUCUAAAAUCAGCAGUGACAACGGCUCACAUUUUGCAAACCAAGCCCUCGAGGAAGUGGGAAAGUUUCUGAACAUCGACAUCAGAAAGCACUGCUCUUACCACCCUCAAAGCGGAGGGGCGGUAGAGAGAGAGAAUGGCACUUUGAAAAACAAACUGGCUAAAUGCUGCUCAGAGACUGGUCUCAAGUGGACUCAGGCUCUUCCCAUUGUGCUCUCAUACAUGAGAAUGAGGAGAAGGAUGAGAACAAACCUCAGCCCGUAUGAGAUCCUAUUUGGUAGACCUCCUAUGAUGGGACUCCACCCUGAGACUGAGACUAGGAUUUUACCACCUACUGAAAUGUGCGAAGACGCAAUGCUACAGUACUGUAAGAACUUAUCCUCUGUUCUGUCCCAAAUCUCCAAACAGGUGAAAGCGGCUCUGCCCAAACAGGCGACAGAACCACUGCACAUCAUUCAACCAGGAGACUGGGUGAUCAUUAAGGAGCUUCGCAGGAAGCACUGGAACUCAAAGCGGUGGCAAGGUCCCUUCCAAGUCCUUCUGACGACCAACACGGCUGUGAAGAUCGCAGAAAGAGCGACUUGGAUCCACUCCAGCCACUGCAGGAAGGUCCCGGAUCCAACAGACGACCCUCCAUCUCCAUCUACACCACACGAGAAAACCACCACUGACGAAAAGAAUUGAGAAGGCCGACCCUCGCUGUGCUCACACACGCACUGAGGCGAGGCUGCGUUGACCGUUCAGCUGAAGGUGCGAGCCAAGCGCCGCCUGAAGCUGCGCCGGUGAAUCACACUAUCAGACCAUACAUCUACACACACGCUCCUGAGAAAACACACACACGAGCAGCCUUGAGUUGCCGACGCUGGACGACGUGUAGACUCUUCACAUCACGGGGAGUGACAGUGACUCAGACGACAUUGGGAGGAAACCUGGCGGUGAUAACGAAUCCCAAGUGUCUCUGUGAUCAGCUGAUCACAACCUGAAGAACCCCAACGAACUGUCAAGGUGUCAACACACAGGUUGGAAACAAUCUAACACCACUGUUCAACAGGAAGAAGAAGACAUUGAAUGUGAUCCUGUUGUUUUAAUCUUUACUUUAAUAUUCGCUCUAAAUUGUGUGGUUGAUUUACAUGUAUGCCUCUCUGUGAUUUUAUCCACUAUUUUUGAACAAAACAUUUUACAUUUCCACUUGAUUUACACUUUCGCACAAAUUUUUAUCUCCCUCUGACGCAAAAUGACAUCUACCAGACGAAGCAAGAUAAAAAUGAUUGUCAUAUCAACCAUUGCGGUGACAUGUGUAACCCUCCUGUAUCUCUGGAGGACUCACACAUUUGUUCAUUAUAGAUCCAAGCGCGAUAUUAAGGACCCUAAAGCCUGGCAGCUUGCCCAAAACUAUGUAAAUCAGAACCCCACAGGAAACUUAUGGUUAGCGUACCUCAAGUACACAUCUAAAACCCUCACAAACAAUUCAUGUGUAGCAUGUGCUGUAGCCAGACCCGAUCUCAUGGCUGUGCCCACUCCCUUUAACAGCAGUGAGUGUUACACCGAGCGACAACUGCAGAAUAAAGACACCGAGUGUAGAUACACUGCGGACCCCAGCACUCCGAGAUGUGAUCCGGCUUGCAAAAUGCGCGCCUUGCACAAUCUGGGCAAGGGUAUGGAGAUGUACAGUCCCGUCACACAUAAAAAGGUCGAGGUGGCCGACAUCAAGAUAAUGGAAAAGGAGCCUGCGGCUCCCUUGUAUUACACGGUGUGUACCACGUGUCAGUUUGAAUGUUUCACCUCCAGUCUCGACGGAGGAGUGGAUGUAGGCCACUUUCCCAAUUGCCACCUGACAUGGGACGUCUCCAACGCGCACGGACUUAACCCUGAAAACCAAGUGAUCCGGUUUGCAGUUCCGACAAACGCGGAUGCCGUCCCUUCGCCCUCAUAUACAUAUAGGAUUAAUAAUGUCUCACACGUUGCCCCAUCCUCCACUGACUUAGUCCAGCAAAGGAAGCCCUUGUCUGACAUGUGGUGGCUCUGUGGGGAUCACCCCAGGGCCACCUUACCAACCAAUUGGACCGGCACCUGUACUCAGGUAAUGUUCCUCACAGGGGGAAUACAUCUUCUACCCUCAGCUCCACAGAAACACUCACGCACCAGGCGCGGGGCUCCAGGCGGUUCCUUGGACCCCGAGCUCUACAUAGAUGCAAUAGGCGUACCACGAGGAGUGCCGGAAGAGUUUAAGGCUCGCAACGAGCAUGCGGCGGGGUGGACGAGUGCUAUUCCCUUUAUGGGCCCCAUAAUAGCGGUUAACAAGAAUUCGGCCUGGAUCAACUAUCUUUAUUACAAUCAACAGCGUUUCAUCAACAAAACUGCAGGCGGUAUGAGAGGCAUGUCUGGGCAGCUGGCUCCUACGUCUCAGAUGGCUUGGCAGAAUAGAAUGGCAGUGGACAUGCUGCUGGCGGAGAAAGGAGGUGUCUGCGUUAUGUUUGGAGAAGCGUGCUGUACUUUUAUCCCUAACAACACUGAUUCUAAUGGCACUGUGACAAAGGCUAUUGAGGGCCUUGAGAGUCUUAGAGACGAAUGGUCUAGAAACUCCGGCGUUGGUCCGUCCCCUUGGGGCUGGCUAGACCAAACUUUUGGAAAAUGGAAAUCAAUUUUCAUGUCGGCAAUAGUCUCGCUUAUCAUCUUCAUGGCCGUGAUCAUGUUGCUUGGUUGUUGUGUUAUUCCUCUGAUUAGGGGUCUCAUCAUGCGUGCGACAUCAGCGGCGCUUUCGUACCAAAUGACACAAUGCACUACAUUCAGGAAUCCGGACACCGACUCACUCAUUGAUUCUGAUGCUGACUCUGUAGAGGAUGAUGUUGACGUUGAUAACGAGGACCACAAAGAUAACUCCACAAUAGUUUGAAUUACCAUAUAAUCUUCUGCCCAUUUUUGCUUAACUGAACAUGAACUAAUUGAAAUUGCUUAUAGGCUUAUUUCCCUUUCUUUCCAGAAGCUCAUACACAAGGGUUAUUCUAGUAUAACUACCCGCAAAAACAGCUCACGAUCUUUUAUCCCUACGCCAUUUACAUUUUGUAUAAGCAAUACGAUUAUCGAAUCACAUGUUUGACAAUUUUUAUUCUUUUAGUGGUUGAUUAAUGUGUAAUCAAAAGGGGGGAGUGUUAUGGGAAAAAUUGUCUCUUCCUUAUUUCUAUGUGUCUUCCUUACUUCUAUGCAGUUAUUAUAUGAUUUAUGACUUAUGUUCUGCAAUUAAUAUCUUAUGUUUUGUCUUACUGUAUGCAUUUGACAUUUCACCUAGAUUGUUCAAUGGUUGUCUCUGCCUGAUAGACUCUCAACUCUAGCUCCCAAACCCAAGGCCGGGGUGUUGUGUCUCCCUGUAUGUUGAGACUUGGUGCUCCUUUCUCACAGAUGCAGGUGUGAGAAAGUAAAACUCUUCACGCACUGCGUCUGGGAGGAGAUGGUGCAUGUAAUUUGAUUGGGCCAGACAGACAUUCCACCCUAGUUGGACAGAGAAGCUAAAAGGCAGAAACAACUUGAGGAUUGUGUGAUCUUUGCAUUAUACCUCCGUGGUGUAUGUUCUGAUCUCCCCAGCUGGCUUUUUAUUUGCUUUCCUCAUUAUUGUUAUUUUCUUUAUUAUUUCAAUAAAUCGCACAAAAGGACAA